AUGGACCCAGUCUUCGAGGAAGACGACAUCUCCUCCCUCGGCCACAGCGAACUCGACCAACACCGCGAACUCCGCUCCAUGAUCCGUACCGCAGCCUGGGAAAUGCCCCUCCUCUCCGCCCUGGCCAAGCCCUUCGAACCACCCAAGAAGACUGAAAUACCCCUCCGAUGGCGAUACACGAGCUACAUGGGUGAAGUCCACCCAGCCCAGAGUAAAGUAGUGGUGGAGUUCGACCCGCACGAUAUCAAGGAUAUGAACCAUGAACAACGGCAGAAAUUACGGAAGCUGGCAGGCACGCGAUACAAUCACGCCAAGAGUAAAGUGAAGAUGAGCUGCGACGUGAUCAAGACCCUAAUAACGGAAGCACGAGACCUCAGCACCGAAACAUUCGCCGAUAUCCCCUUGGACACCCGACACCUGAAAUCGAAAGCUAAGCCCCGAUUUCCAACUUCAUGGCUGCUGACCGAGGAGCGGAAAGCAGAAUUAGAGGGUCUAAGACGCACGCAGUUGCUGGAGGAAGGAGCGAAGGUGGAGCAGGAUUUAUUGGUUAGUGGGGUUGCGGCUAUUGAGGCUGCGAGGCAGAUUCAGUUGAAGGCGGUGGAGGAGCCGGUUAUGGUUGAGGCGAGGCAGCCGUUGGCGAAGGGGAAGCAGGGGCGGAAGGAGAUGGGGCAGACGAGGGGGGCGCAGCGGUAA